AUGUGUUCCGAAGAUUUGUGUCUAUUGGUGUGGGAUAAAUCCUGUGAUGUGGCGUGUAGUUUGGGAUGUAAUUUGUGUCUGUGUCGGUAUAGAUGGUGUCCUUGUUAUGAAUGUUGUAAUGAAGAUGAAGAAGAAGAGGAGAAUACAAAAUCAUCAGCAUCGUCAUCUUCCUCGGAAGGAACAUCAAGUGGUGGUAAAUUACAUGAUCAUCAUCAUCAACAUGAUGACAAGUGUAAUUGUAAUAAUACAAAGAAGACUAUUGUAGCAACAUCACCACCAACACUUUCGGAAGAAGAAUUGGCAUUGAAGAAAUUAAAGAGAAAGGAAAAGAAUAUGCACUAUAAUAGAAAAUUGGAGGCUGGUGUUUAUUAUUUAAUUUUGUUUGGAUUUUUGUAUAUGGGAGUUAUUCCUUUCAUUGUUUCUUAUUAUUGGAUUGACAUUUUUGGUUUAUUUGUCGAUUCUGAAAAGGCUCCCAAUAUGAAAUAUCCCUUGUUAGAGUUGCAAACUACUUAUUCCACACAGGAUUGGGAUAAACUUAAUUUAUUGGGAGCUCACUGGAGUUUUUACUUGUAUUAUAUUGGUUGGAUUUUGAGUUAUAUUACCUAUGAGAUGAGUAAGAGGUCAAAUCCUGGAAGAAUUUUUGUGGAAGGUGAUGAAAAACAUUUGGGUUACAUUUCACAUAAGGAUAGUAUUACAUUUGAGAGAAAGGAAGAACAAAAAGCAAUCAAUAGUGAAAAGGUACAGGAACAACAGACAUCAACAACCACUUUGAGAAAUAGAAAGAGUGGUGAAAAGAAUUUGGAAAAUGAAAAGCAAGAGAAUGAAUCAAGUGACUCGGCCACUGCUAUCACAGCAAAUGCUACCAAGAAGGAAGAAACCAAAGUUGUGGAAUUUCCAACAAGAUCCAAAUUUUGUACCAGAUGUGGACAUAGAGCUGCAAAGUAUGACCAUCACUGUCUGUGGAUUUCUAAUUGUGUUGGAGAAAAGAAUCAAUUGACAUUUUUGGCAUUCCUUUUGAGUAUGGUAGUUCAAAUGUCUUUAUGCUUUAUUAUGGUAAUUUGCUUGUUCUACUUGACUUAUUGUGAGGUGAAUCAACUCUUUGAUUAUGCAUUUCAGUAUGAAUCCAUGAAGAGAAUAUCAUCCCUCCACGGAAAGAGAAUUGAAGAAUUGUACACUGAUGGAAAAACUCAACAAAUGCUUCAAUUCGUGCACAGCAAUAAUCCAAUCAUGCAAUUCCACACAUUUUUAUUUAUUGUGUUGAAUGUCAUCAAUUUGGGAAUUGCUGGAUUGGUUUUAGCCUUUGUUGGUUUCAUGAGUGGCGUUCAACUCUACAUGAUUACUUUUAACAUGGCCUCAGUUGAGCAUUUCAAUCCAGAAAAGUAUACCUACCAACCAAAAAUACAACGUAAUUGGAGAAAGAAUUGGAUGCUAUUCUAUCAACAAAUCAUGCUUCCAUUUAACAAAUUUACUGACUAUGACCAACAGUAA